AUGACGCUGAUGUCAAUGGAAUUAUUCCUCUUUUACACUGAUUCAGACGCUUGCACACCUGAUGCUCCACCCGCUGCCACUUCACCACCAAUCUCUGAAGAACCUGGACCUUUCACAGCUCCAGCAUCACCCUCUUCUUCUGACACUGGUACUGCAUCGUUUUCACCACCAUUACCUGCCUGUGUUGCAGCUUUACAUCCCAAACCACCUCCUACUCCACCAUCAACAUCAGCUUCUGCUGCCGUUCUUCACCCUGGACUGAAUUCUCUUCCUGCACCACCUGCCUCUACUCCAUCCCUGCACCCUGGCCUUUAUUUGCCAGUAGUCCCACCCGGCAGUGCCACCCACCUCAUCAACUGGCUGCCCUUUCUUGCUUCUGCAACACUCACCACCAUUCAAGAGAAGGAGGAAGACCAAUCACCCGUAAGAACAGGCUCCCUAGAAGGCAUGAUGCAGUCCAGCAGCACAUCCCCACUCCCCUCCCGUGAUGGAAAUCCCCAGGCAGCAUCCGUAGGAGACAGGGCACCAGGGACUGCUUCCUCACCACCAGCUGCCCAUGCCAUGCCCUCGAGCUCCGAGCAGGCGUCGGCAAACGUCAGUGACAUCCUGGCAGAGCUACGGACGAUGAACAGCCAUCUCUCGGUCAUUGCCCGAGCCCUGACGCAGCUGGCAUCAUCACUGGCACCGCAGCAGGACACGCAUGGCACGCCACCUCCUUAG